GCGCGCCGCCUCCCAACUUCCAUCGCGGGCUCCGCCCCUUGCCCCGGAAGCACUCGCCGCGGGUGGAGGUUUCUGGGCUUGUUGGUGAGCGGCGCUUCCUUUUUGUCCGACAUCUUAGCAAGGCUGCAGUGGUGAUAGCUGCUGUCCGAGCUUCGCGAUGCCGCCCAAGGACGACAAGAAGAAGAAAGAUGCCGGAAAGUCGGCCAAGAAAGACAAAGACCCAGUGAACAAAUCUGGGGGCAAAGCCAAAAAGAAGAAGUGGUCCAAAGGCAAAGUUCGGGACAAGCUCAAUAACCUAGUCUUGUUUGACAAAGCGACAUAUGACAAACUGUGUAAGGAAGUGCCCAACUAUAAGCUUAUAACCCCAGCUGUUGUCUCAGAGAGACUGAAGAUUCGCGGUUCCCUGGCCAGGGCAGCCCUUCAGGAGCUCCUUAGUAAAGGACUUAUUAAACUGGUUUCAAAGCACAGAGCUCAAGUAAUUUAUACCAGAAACACGAAAGGCGGAGAUGCCCCAGCGGCUGGUGAAGAUGCAUGAACAGGUCCCAUCAGCUGUACAUUUUGAAAAAUAAAACUUUAUUAAAUCAAA